CCGGUCUUGCGCCCUAGGCCCCGAGCGAGAGGCCCGGUGCACUGUUGCCAUGGCAGUAGGCCGUUGGGAGCUGACGGGAUAGGUAGGGUCGGUGUCCUGGUUCCCGGCUGAGACUGCGCGGAGCCGGGCCGGCGAGACUGCAGAAUGGGCUGAGGCGGCGGCGGCUGUCCGGACGAGGUCGACUGAGGGGCGAAGGGCGCGGCACUGGUCCAGGACCCUAAGACGCCUGGUUUGAGGAGCAGAAGAAGCUGGGCUUGAAAAUGGAGAUGUAUGAAACCCUUGGAAAAGUGGGAGAGGGAAGUUAUGGAACAGUCAUGAAGUGUAAACAUAAGGAUACUGGGCAGAUAGUGGCCAUUAAGAUAUUUUAUGAGAAACCAGAAAAGUCUGUCAACAAAAUUGCAACGAGAGAAAUAAAGUUACUAAAGCAAUUUCGUCAUGAAAACCUGGUCAAUCUGAUUGAAGUUUUUAGACAGAAAAAGAAAAUUCAUUUGGUGUUUGAAUUUAUUGACCACACAGUAUUAGAUGAGUUACAACAUUAUUGUCAUGGACUAGAGAGUAAACGACUUAGAAAAUACCUCUUCCAGAUUCUUCGAGCAAUUGCAUAUCUUCACAAUAAUAAUAUCAUUCAUCGAGAUAUAAAACCUGAGAAUAUUUUAGUAUCCCAGUCAGGAAUUACUAAACUCUGUGAUUUUGGUUUUGCACGAACGCUAGCAGCUCCUGGAGACAUUUAUACGGACUAUGUGGCCACACGCUGGUAUAGAGCUCCAGAAUUAGUAUUAAAAGAUACAUCUUAUGGAAAACCUGUGGAUAUCUGGGCUUUGGGCUGUAUGAUUAUUGAGAUGGCCACUGGAAAUCCCUAUCUUCCUAGCAGCUCUGAUUUGGAUUUACUUCAUAAAAUUGUUUUAAAAGUAGGCAAUUUGACACCUCACUUGCAGAAUAUCUUUUCCAAGAAUCCCAUUUUUGCUGGGGUGGUCCUUCCUCAAGUUCAACACCCCAAAAAUGCAAGAAAAAAAUACCCAAAGCUAAAUGGAUUGUUGGCAGAUAUUGUUCAUGCUUGUUUACAAAUUGAUUCUGCUGAGAGGAUAUCAUCUACUGAUCUUUUGCAUCAUGAGUAUUUUACUAGAGAUGGAUUUAUUGAAAAAUUCAUACCAGAACUGAGAGCUAAAUUGCUACAAGAAGCAAAAGUCAAAUCAUUCAUAAAGCCAAAAGAGAAUUCUAAAGAAAAUGAAUUUAUGAAAGAUGAUGGAAAAACAAUUUAUACUAAUACACUGCUAAGUACUUCAGUUUUGGGAAAGGAAAUGGAAAAAGAGAAAAAGCCCAAGGAGAUCAAAGUCAGAGUUAUUAAAGUUAAAGGAGGAAAAGGAGAUAUCUUAGAACCAGAAAAGAUAGAGUGUGAAGGUGGACAUUGUCAACAGGAUGCAGUUGAAAUUGCUCAUACUAUGUCUCAAGAUAUAAAACCUGUAAUCAGUGAACCACCAAACCCUGUCAAUCCCAGCCCUAACUCUAUGGGCAUGAAAGACGAUCCACAUGCUGGAAGUAGUAUGGUGAUGCCACCCAUCAAUCUAACUAGCAGGAAUUUGAUGGCUUCAAAUCCUAAUUCAAAUCUCUCCCACUACAAUUCAAGGUUAACUGAAAGAGCAAAAAAGAGACGUACUUCUUCACAAUCUAUUGGACAAGUUAUAUCUAAUAGGCAUGAGGAUGCAGGUCCCACUCAAAGCCAAAUGGAGAAGGGUGUGUUUAAUGAGCGAACAGGUCAAAGUGACCAAAUGGCAAAUGGAAACAAAAGGAAGCUGAAUUUUUCCAGAACUAACAGGAAAGAAUUCCAUUUCCCAGAAUUGCCUUUCACAAUACAGUCAAAGGAGAUGAAAGGAAUGGAAGUUAAACAGAUAAAAGUGCCGAAGAGGGAAUCAAAGAAAACAGAUUCAUCUAAAAUACCAACUUUACUUAAUGCAGAUCAAUAUCAAGAAAAACAAGAGGCCGCACCAUGCAGCAUGCGGGAUCUUAGUUCCCCACCAGGGAUCGAACCCAUGCCCCUUGCAUUGGGAGCUCAGAGUCUUAACCACUGGACCGCCAGGGAAGUCCCUGGCUGCCUGUACUCAGCCUAUGGAUGGGAAGGAUCUCAUUCCCAAAGAAGGUGGCUUGGAAAGGUGUGGCUCAGGGACCAGCAGCCUUUUUGAUUCUGAGUGCCAUAAGGGGAGCCAAACUGUGCCUAUGGGUUAUCCCAAUAGGGUGGAAAUGGAGGAGUAGGAGAGAAAGAAAGAGAAGAAAAAGAGGGGACAUCAGGGGGAAAGAGAGCAGAAAGGCAUGGUAGGAGGAGAGGAAAGUGGAGGAGGGGAUGGGAUAGGUGUAUUUAGGGAGUAGGAUUGAUGGGGUGGGUUGGACCACAGGCCAGUCACUAAGCUGCAGCCUUUAAGGACACCAGUUAUUGUUCUAUUCUUGGAGAUUGCUAGGCAUUGAAAGUGUCAGAUGGUCGAGUGGUCAAGAUAUUCCUUUUAUGAAAAUCGCUUGUGAUCUGAUGCUAAAGGCUCUCCAGUAGUUAAGAGUUUAGGUACUCUGUACUAGUUAUUUUACAAGUUACUUAAUCCCUUUGUGCCUCAGUUUCAUCAUCUGUAAAGGAGGAUAAUAAUGGUACCUACCUCAUGAGUGGUGAGGAUAAAUUAUAUAAUACAUGUAAAGCAUUUAGAAGAGUACCUGACACAUAGUAAGUACUUAAUUAAUGCUGGCCUUAUAAUUGUUACUACUUGACAGAGGCUCAUUUCCUCUUGCUUGUUCCUCCAAAGACAGAGACAGUGAUUAGCAUCUUUCCUCUAAGAAACAACCCUCAACAUGUAGGCACUAAAUUAUCCACCAGUUUUCUCUUUUCUGCACACACUGUUCCUUCUUCUGUUUGUGGACCCAAUUCCACUACCAUCCACCACAAUGAGAACUUAAAGAGGAGCACAUAAGUACCUGGUAAUCAAGGGGUCUCCCUGGCUGGUGUUCCCUCUAAUGGCUUAGGGAACAAACACUCUGGUGAGGGGAAAGUUUGUUUCUUUCCAUCUGACAGGAGUGCAGUAUGGUCCUAUCUUUCUGUUUUUACAAAUGAACUUCAAAGCACUGUUUAGAUGCCUCUGUGCUUGCAAAUUCACCUUCUUUGGGGGAUCUGAUUUUUAAACCUUGCCUAGCAUCAAGUUAGAGUGGUGGUGAACUGAUUAAUCUGGAAAAUAAAGAAAAAAAUAUGAACAGAUUUUUCACUCCCACCUCCGGCAAAAUGUCCCCCUCCUCGGCAGUGUUUCUGGGAGUCUUUAGGGAACACCUCCCAUGGGUUCACCAAUAAGUCCUCCAUUCAUACCUCUCUGCUCUGACAAGUGCCAGGUCUCUCUGAGGUUCCACUAGAUUCUGGGGCUAGGUGCUCCCAAUCAGGAGAGACCUAGAGUCAUCAGGGAAGACUGUUCAGAGGGUGUGGGGCUUGAAUGACAAGUAGGGUUCAUGUAGAUACAAGGGACUAUCUGGGAAGCAGGGACAGGCUGAGCAAAGAGGUGAAAGUAGGAAUGGAACGGAUGAGGAUAGCUUUGGUCUGGGAGAUUUAGGGGCCCACUGAGCUGAGUGGAAGAGCUUUUAGUGAGAGGUAAGGCAGGAGAAAAGGCCAUAUUGAAAUGCUUUGUGAGGAGACCGUUUGAGAAGACCACAGGAGAGGUGAGACUUCUUUUCACAAGAAAGUGAGGGCCCUUGAGUAAUAUUCCAGGGCAUGGUGGAAUAUUCACUAGAACUGUUGGCUACAUGUUCUUUGGGCCUGUGACUCCCCUAAAAUGUGCUGUGUCAUAUUUACUCAGGUAUUCUGAAGAUUUUCUUUUCCCAAUUAUAAAAGCAAUAUGUUUUGUUACAGAAGUAAAAAGAAAAUAAAAAACAAUCCCACUUACCAGAAGCAACUGCUGUCAACACCUCACUGUGUAUCUUUCUAAAGUCUC